GUUCUCCACGACUUCACACCUUUGCUUUGCCUGGCGCAGCGGGAUUCCAUCACACUUUAUUUUCGGAUUUCAUCAUAAGUAUUCUAUCGCCGUGUCAAUCUCAUUCUCCCUGUCGCUUUUCUCAACGCUGAACCUCUGCCACCCCUUAGCCCAUCAUCCUGUCCCACUAUGGCGACCAAGGCGGCGUAUAAGCGGUUAACACGAGAAUAUCAGGCUCUACAGACCAGCCCGGUGCCACUGAUCUCAGCACACCCGUCUGAAUCCAACAUCUUGGAAUGGCACUACAUCCUGACCGGUGCACCAGACACACCCUACGCUGAGGGACAAUACUGGGGCACUUUGACAUUCCCUCCCGACUAUCCCUUUGCCCCUCCCGCCAUUCGAAUGCACACCCCCAGUGGCCGAUUUAAGACGUCGACGAGACUAUGCUUGAGUAUCAGUGACUACCACCCAAAAUCUUUCAACCCGGCCUGGUCAGUGUCGACCAUUUUGAUUGGCCUCAUGUCUUUUAUGAACAGCGAGGAGAUGACGGCAGGCAGUAUCGGAGGCACCGUAGCAGAACGAAAGUGGCAUGCGGCUCGGUCAAGAUGGUGGAACUCAACAGGCGGUGGUUCGGCGUCCAAGCCAGUGCCAGGCGUUCAGGCGACGACGAGAGGGCUAGGAAACAUUAAGGCAGGAGACGGCGGGGUCAAAUUCCGAGCCGAAUGGCCGGAUGAGGAUGUGGAGAACUGGAAUUGGAUUUCAGAACAUCGCAUCGAUCCUACGUCAGGCAAGAUGCUUCCGGACGCCGAAGGAGAGAACAUCCAGUGCUCACCCGAGACUUUGUCGCUACGACGAAUACUAGGUGGAAGUGGCGCCGGAGUAGGGGCUGUCGUGCAAGGUGGUCAGGCCGCCCGAAACGCAGGACAGGGCUGGGUAUCCAAGAACAAACUAUGGCUGAUGGCAGGUGGCCUGGUGCUGUAUGUCAUGGUGGCCAGACUCUUUGACGACUCGCAAGGGGCAUGAUGACAUGAUUCAACCCAUGUGAUAGAGAUUUUGGGUGCUGACUCGCCUUGACUUGGUCACGGCUAGCAUUUUACACACGCUCGGUGUUGGAGGCGUCAAUUGAUGGUGGCGACGGGAUCAUGUCUGUACUGCUUGACCAAUUGAAAGGGGGUACAUGCCACAUGCAUCAAUUAGCGGAGUUUUGUUUGAAGCACAGAGUUGAUUGGAAUGGUUAAAGGGCGGAGAAAGGCGGUAGGAAAAUGCAAAUGGUAAAGGCAGCGAGACUGAGCGGAUGGAAUCAUAGCCAUGAAAAUCACUGAGAUAUUGGAGCCAUUGAGGGUGACAAAGCCAUCUUGGGGUAAGCCUGUCCACCCUCAGUAUGUGUCUAGAGGAAGACAGAUAGAAAGGCAUCGAGGCGGUAUGUCUGGCAGAUGUCCAAUCGACUUUCGUGAUGAUUACAAGAUGAUAUCAGACAAUAACCAAUGGCGAUGCUUGAAUGAAG